AUGGCCCACGUCGACAUUCAUCCCAGUGCCAACCCACCUUAUGAGAAAGACAUGAGACAUGAUCCUAUCUACGAUGACGAGGAGUUGACCAACAAACAUAUGUCUGUUGCAAAGUAUGCGGCAACGAGAUUCACGACUCUCAAGCCAUCGAUGGACAAGGCACCCAAUCCAUUCAAGUUGUUGGCUCUGCUGAAUACUCAGCAAUGGCUAUUCUUUUUGGUGGCCUUUAUUGCUUGGUCCUGGGAUGCCUUUGACUUCUUCACCGUGUCUCUGACCGUCUCUGAUCUGGCGGAGGACUUUGGCAAAUCCAACACCGACAUUACCUGGGGUAUCACCUUGGUGCUCAUGUUCCGUUCCGUCGGCUCAGCCAUCUUUGGCAUUGCCGCAGAUCGAUAUGGACGGAAAUGGCCGUUCGUUGUCAACAACAUUCUCUUCAUUGUCCUCGAACUCGGCACGGGUUUUUGCCAGACUUAUGGCCAAUUCUUAGCCGUCCGCUCCCUCUUUGGUAUUGCUAUGGGCGGUCUUUACGGCAACGCAGCUGCUACCGCCUUGGAAGAUUGCCCAGACGCCGCCCGUGGUAUUAUUUCUGGCAUGCUUCAACAAGGCUAUGCCUUUGGCUACCUUCUUGCAACCGCAUUCGCACGAGCUCUUGUGAAUACGACUUCGCACGGCUGGAGACCACUUUUCUGGUUUGGCGCUUGCCCUCCUGUUUUGAUCAUCCUCUUCCGUCUCUGUCUUCCCGAGACAAAUACCUUCCGUGCUCGCCAGGCUGUUCGUGAACAGCAAGGAAAUUUGGCCGGGACCUUCAUCUCUGAAGGGCGCGUUGCUCUCAAGCGACACUGGAUGUUGUUGAUCUACAUGGUCCUCCUCAUGGCCGGAUUCAAUUUCAUGUCCCAUGGCUCUCAGGACUUGUAUCCCACCAUGUUGACCAACCAAUUCAAAUUUUCCGCCGACGCCGUCACCGUCACCCAGGUCGUUGCCAACUUGGGUGCAUUGACCGGUGGUACCACCAUCGGAUACUGUUCGCAGAUUUUCGGUCGAAGAUUCAGCAUCAUUGUCAUUUGCGUCGUCGGCGGUGCCCUCCUAUAUCCUUACACGUUCACCAGCUCGAAAUCCGUGAUCGCAGCAGCGUUCUUCGAACAAUUCUGUGUCCAGGGUGCUUGGGGUGUGAUCCCCAUCCACCUGAUGGAACUGUCUCCCGGCUCUCUCCGAACCUUCGUGGUCGGUACAUCGUACCAGUUGGGCAAUUUGGCUUCUUCGGCAUCCUCCACUAUCGAAUCCACCAUCGGUGAGCGAUUUCCACUUCCCCCGAUCGAAAAGGAAGGCAAGACCAUCAAGAGAUACAACUAUGGAAAGGUCAUUUGUAUUUUCAUGGGUGCAGUGUACGCGUACGUUAUCCUCUUGGCCUUUGUUGGACCGGAGAAGAGAGGUCGCAACCUCAGUGUCGAAUACGAUGCCGACAUGGCCGAGGUCACGCAUCGGGAUCUGAGACACCAGCGUGAUGAGGAUAUCUCACAUGGUUCUCCGAAUGAAGAUGAGAAAGUAGUGAAGAGAGAGGAGGAGCGAGUUUGA